AUGCCUUCGAUCACCAACCUGGUGUGGAUUUCGGUCCCUCUUAUCCUCGCUGCUAUCGUUUAUCAACUCGGUUUCGCGACCAUCGCGACCGCGUUGCCAGAAUUUCUGACAUUGGGUAUAUUACAGGGUCUGAUCGAUGAAACACAUUGCUAUGCCUCAAUCAAGACUCUAAGCUCCUCCCAACCACAGGCCGAGUGCUUCACCGUUUCUGGAGGUAAGUUUACCAAGGUGUAUAGCGAUAAGACCACUGCUAUUGAUGCGGUGAAUGGUCAAACUGGUCACGUGAUACCUGGUCUCUGGGAUGGACAUGGUCAUCUAAUCCAGUACGGAGAGUUGCUUAACUCGGUCAAUCUCUUUGGUGCGGAGUCCAUGGACGAGGUGCAGCAGAGGUUGGUGCAUUAUAAGAACAGUCGGCCUGAGCUGGGAACCAGUCAACAGUGGGUCAGAGGUGUUGGAUGGGAUCAGGCCAAGUUCGAUGGCCGCUAUCCAGUCGCGUCUGAUCUUGAAAUCGGAGAUGACUUCAAGGAUCAGUACGUAAUGCUAGACCGCGUUGACAUCCAUUGCAUCUGGGUUUCCCAAAAGGUUUUAGAUCUACUCCCAUCUCCGCUUCCUCAGGUACCUGGCGGCGAGAUCCCCGAAAAGGGAGUGUUCUGCGACAACGCCAUGGACAUUGUAAUGCCCUACUAUCCCAGGCCAAACAAAGAAACAAAAACCAAAUUCAUCAAGGAUGCAAUGGAGGAGCUUAACAAACUUGGUAUUGUAGGGAUGCACGAUGCUGGUGUACUGUCUGCUGAUAUCAACCUCUACGAGCAAUUGGUUAACGACGAGGACUGGAAUGUUCGUGUCUAUGCCAUGCUCGAGUGUGGAACGAGGAAUACUUUCUGCCCAGAUGAGGCGCGAAGGUUCAGCACACCGAAUGGAAAAUUGCAUGCGCGUAGCGUAAAGCUAUUUGGAGAUGGUGCUCUUGGAAGCUGGGGCAGUGCUAUGAUCGAGCCGUACCGUGACAAGCCAGAAUCGUCCGGAUCACUGCUUGUCAAUGCGAGUACGCUAUCAGAUGUCACCAAAGACUGGGCCACUGCAGGAUUCCAAGUUAACAUCCACGCGAUCGGCGACCUUGCCAAUAGAAACGCCAUCGACGCCUUUUUAGGAACUCUGAAUCUUCUAUGCCCCGAAAUUUCCCCCCGCCAAUGCCAAAAGCAAAAUCGAUUCCGCAUCGAACAUUCUCAGAUCAUUCAUCCCGACGACCAAAUUCGCAUGUUCGAGUUCGGUAUUAUUCCAUCUAUCCAGCCUACACACGCAACCUCAGACAUGCCGUAUGCGGAGUCUCGACUGGGUAAAAAGCGAACGAAGGAAGAAGCAUAUCUUAUGCGUAGCCUUCUUAAGUUGAAUCCCGUACUUGGCAGUGACUUUCCUGUUGAGCCUGCAAACGUCUUUGAAGGCAUUUACGCAGCAGUGACGCGGCGAAGCCCGCACACAGGGCUCAAUUCGACAGGUGGUACAGAUGGAUGGUAUCCCGCGGAGACUCUCACGCUCCAGCAAGCUCUCAUAGGUUUCACUGCGAACCCCGCGUACGCUUCUUUCCUUGAAGGUAAAGCAGGUGUCAUACAGACGGGAGCCUACGCGGACUGGGUGGUACUCGACGAGCCACUAGACACCACGGACGUGGAGUCAUUACGGAAGGUAACAGUAAAAGAGACGUGGGUGGCUGGGAAGAGAGUGUACAAGCGCCCUGAAGCUGAAGAUCUUCCGCCUCACGGGUCCUCUGAGAGUGGGUGA